GUGUAUGGUGGGAUUAGAGAAGGUGUAUUACUCGACGAUUUACUAAUCUCUGGAGAACUUUUAAGUUCUGGACCAACAGUCCCAUCCUUUUUGUGGAGUUUAUUGGGUAGAUCGCCAAACACUCCAUGGCCGCCUGCGAGUGACAUGAACGAUGGUUAUAAGCCAAAUUUCUCCAAAGAGAAGUUACAUGACUUGGUUAACAAGGUCAUCUCAACGUUGUUAAGACCUCAAACUUGGGAACCUCCUGUCGAUAGAAAGUUCUUUUUGAGCUUCCAUGAAUUGGCUGAGCUGUGCUUCGCUGCGAAGCAAAUCAUCGAGCAAGAGCCAACAGUGUUGCAACUAUAUGCUCCAAUUAAAGUCUUUGGAGAUCUCCAUGGUCAAUUCGGUGAUCUGAUGCGGCUAUUUUACGAGUAUGGAUAUCCUUCAAGGCAAGGAGAUAUCUCGUAUAUUGAUUAUUUAUUUUUGGGAGAUUAUGUUGACCGAGGAAAACACAGCUUAGAGACCAUAUUGCUGCUUGCUUUGAAGGCGAGAGAUAGUUGA